GAUUUACAACUCACCCUCGCCUCCUCAUCCUCUCGACUUCUCAUCAUCCUUUUCAUCAAUUCGAUCAGUCAUCAUCUCAUGUCAUCCCUCUCUUCCCUCCCCAUUAUCUGACCGGCUUCAACUUGUUUCCCCUCAGGAGCAAUGCGGGGAUACCGCCUGAUCCCCAUCCUCGUGAGUCUUGGCGCUCUUCUACCCCAGACUCAGGCCCAGGACAGCUCGGGCUUUACGGAUAUUCACGAGCCCGGCCGCUGCGCCCUUCGCGGACACUGCGGUAAGAAAUCAUUCUUUGGCGGAGAGCUUCCAUGUCCCGACAAUGGGCGCGCCAAACAGCCCGAAGCAGCGGUGAGGAGGAAGUUGGUCGACCUCUGUGGUAGCAAGUGGCAGGAUGGGCCCGUGUGCUGUGAGGAUGAACAAAUCGAUGCGCUCUCAAAGAACCUGAAACUCGCCGAAGGUAUCAUCGCCUCUUGUCCCGCCUGCAAGGAGAACUUCUUCAACAUCUUCUGCACCUUUACCUGCUCCCCAGACCAGUCGCUCUUCGUCAACGUGACACAGAUCGAUCAGAAUGGCUCCGGCAAGAAAUUGGUCACAGAGAUAGACAACGUCUGGUCGGAGGAGUAUCAGAGUGGCUUCUACGAUAGCUGCAAGAACGUGAAGAACGGUGCCUCGGGCGGCAAGGCUAUCGACUUCAUCGGAGGAGGUGCCAAGGACUACCCCCAUUUCAUGAAGUUUUUGGGAGACAAGAAGCUUCUGGGAAGCCCCUUCCAAAUCAACUUCAAGACGGAACCUGCGGGCCCGGACCCACAAGGGAUGGAAGCCUUGCCGAUCAAGCCCAAAGCAUGCAAUGACCCCGACGAAGCCUUCCGCUGCUCCUGUGUUGAUUGUCCGGAUGUUUGUCCAGAGUUGCCUGCCGUCAAGGCAGACCGAUACUGCCAUGUCGGCCUGCUACCGUGCUUGUCCUUCGCGGUCAUUCUUAUAUACUCAGUCUUUCUGUUGGCCGUCGUCGCCGCAUCGAGCUAUUUCACGUACCACGAGCGGCGCUAUCGGAAACCCGAGCGGGCCAGACUUCUGCAGGAUCCUGCUCCCAGCGACGAUGAGGACGAAGGUGACAUCGUCCGUGCGGGUGGUUAUAUCGAACAGCCCAACGGCGUCUACAAGCUCAACUCUGCCCUGGACCGCAUGUUCAACCGGAUAGGUGGUGCCUGCGCUCGAUUUCCGGCUAUCACUAUCGUCACAAGUAUUGUAAUGGUUGGGGUUUUGAGCUUGGGAUGGCUGCGAUUUGCCGUCGAGACGGAUCCGGUUCGCCUUUGGGUGAGCCCGACCUCAGCUGCCGCGCAGGAGAAAGCCUAUUUCGAUGAGCACUUCGGACCCUUCUAUCGUGCGGAGCAAGCAUUCUUGGUCAACGAUACUGGACCUGUGCUAAGCUACGAUACGCUUAGCUGGUGGUUUGGUGUUGAGUCUCGGGUUUACCGAACAUUGUCACAAGAACGAGGGCUUUUCCUGGACGACGUCUGCUUCAAGCCGACUGGCGGUGCUUGUGUGGUUCAGUCUUUAACUGGUUAUUUUGAAGGCUCGCUGUCAAAUCUGGAUCCCGAAACGUGGCAAGAGCGGCUCCAACAUUGUACCGAGUCCCCGGGAGAUGUGAGCUGUCUGCCCGCCUUUGGGCAGCCUUUGAGACCGGAAAUGAUCCUUGGUGGAUAUGAGAGCACCGGCAAUGUUCUCGACGCACAGGCGCUGAUCACUACAUGGGUCGUGAAUAAUUACCCGCAAGGGACUGAGAAAGAGGCGAACGCCAUCGAUUGGGAAAAGACCAUCCAGCAUAUUCUUGGGGUGGUACAAGAAGAGGCCCAAGACCGUGGUCUUCGUGUUUCUUUCAACACCGAAAUUAGUGUCGAGCAAGAGUUGAACAAAUCCAGUAACACGGAUGCGAAGAUUGUGGUCAUCAGCUACAUCAUCAUGUUCCUUUACGCGUCUCUGGCUCUGGGCUCGGUCACGGUGACCUGGAAGUCACUGUUCACGACCCCGGCGAACGCUUUGGUGCAAUCGAAAUUCACCCUUGGCAUUGUGGGUAUCAUCAUCGUCUUGAUGUCAGUUUCUGCUUCGGUUGGACUGUUCUCUGCGGCAGGUAUCAAGGUGACAUUGAUCAUUGCCGAGGUCAUCCCAUUCCUGGUUUUGGCUGUGGGCGUGGACAACAUCUUCUUGAUCGUUCACGAAUUUGAGAGAAUCAACGUUAGCCAUCCGGAUGAGGAGAUUGACGAGCGAAUUGCUCGCGCAGUGGGCCGCAUCGGUCCCAGUAUCUUUCUCUCUGCUCUUACUGAGACGAUCGCCUUCGUCAUGGGCGUCUUUGUCGGAAUGCCGGCUGUCAAGAACUUUGCCGUGUAUGCGGCAGGGGCCGUCUUCAUCAACGCUAUCUUGCAGAUCACCAUGUUCAUCUCGGUUCUCGCUCUAAACCAAAGACGCGUCGAAGGUCUACGUGCUGAUUGCCUUCCGUGCUUGACCGUCCGCAAGGCCUAUUCCGGAAUGUCUGAGGAUCAGGUAUUGGACGAGCACGAUGGAGAGAGCUUCUUGCAGUCCUUUAUCCGCAAGGUUUAUGCGACUUUCCUGCUUGAGCGCAAAGUCAAAGUUUUCGUCGUUAUCACAUUCCUCGGUCUUCUAACUGCCGGCAUAGCUUUGAUCCCCGAGGUCGCUCUGGGCUUGGACCAGCGUAUCGCUCUCCCCAGUGACUCCUACCUCGUGCAAUACUUCAAUGAUCUCGACGCCUACUUCGGAAGCGGACCACCGGUGUACUUUGUGACAAGGAACGUGAACGUCACUGAGCGUCAUCAUCAACAACAAUUGUGUGGGCGAUUCACGACUUGCGAAGAAUUCUCUUUGCCCUUCGUCCUAGAACAGGAGUCCAGGCGUCCGAAUGUUUCCUACAUCUCUGGAUCUACGGCAAGCUGGCUUGACGACUUCUUCUACUGGCUGAACCCUCAAGAUGACUGCUGUAAAGAGAAUGGUGAAGUUUGUUUCGAGGACAGAACCCCUGGGUGGAACAUCUCUUUGUAUGGCAUGCCAACAGGGCAGGAGUUCAUGCACUAUGCUCAGAAAUGGAUUGAAGCCCCAACGGACGCUUCGUGCCCUCUUGGAGGCAAAGCCCCGUACAGCAAUGCGCUCGUUCUCGAUCCGAAACGAAUCAUGACCAACGCGACUCAUUUCAGAACCACGCACACCCCUCUCCGGAGUCAAGACGACUUUAUCAAGUCUUACAUCUCGGCCCGUCGCAUUGCUGACGGUCUCUCCAAGGAACAUGGUAUCGACAUUUUCCCAUAUGCAAAGACCUAUAUUUACUUCGAUCAAUACGUCUCCAUCGUACAGCUGACCGGUACCUUGCUUGGCUGUGCAAUCGCCAUCAUCUUCGUCCUCACCUCCGCCUUACUCGGGUCCAUCGCUACUGGAGCAGUAGUUACGACGACUGUGGUCAUGAUCAUGAUUGACAUCAUCGGGGCGAUGGCGGUCGCUGGCGUCUCACUCAACGCCGUCUCCUUGGUGAAUCUGAUCAUAUGUGUCGGCAUCGCGGUCGAGUUCUGUGCUCAUAUCGCUCGUGCCUUUAUGUUCCCCUCGCGGACUAUCCUAGAAAAGGUCCCGACCAAGUUCCGAGGUAAAGAUGCGCGGGCCUGGACAGCCUUGGUCAAUGUGGGCGGCAGUGUUUUCAGCGGAAUCACGGUGACUAAGCUCCUCGGUGUUUGUGUUCUGGCAUUCACCCGCAGCAAAAUCUUCGAGAUCUACUAUUUCCGGGUCUGGUUGGCGCUGGUUAUUUUCGCCGCCACGCAUGCUCUUGUGUUCUUGCCGGUGGCCCUGAGUUACUUUGGUGGAGAGGGCUAUGCUGACCCUGGAGCGGACGGCGGUCUGGAGGAGAAUCUGGCUGCGCGAGGCUACCGUUCUCUGCUCGUUGAUGACGAGUACGACUCUGAUGAAUACUAGAUGAAGCGCGGGACUUUUGACAUUCUCGGUAGCGAGCUGGAACCGGUUGAUUCAUGAAAUCCUAUGGACCAGAUAAGAUGAUCUACUACAGCUCAUAUCACGAGCGGCGACCUGGGAUAUUUCCUUAAUAUUUGAGUUGUUUAUUUGAGUUAUUUCUACACCAAGCAACGUGCGGGCUAGGAGUUAUCAUUAUCAUCGGUGUCUCAUUACUGGCGUCCGGGUUUUUAGUAUAAUGCACUGUGUUUCUUGCAGCAACUCUUGCUA